UUGCCUGUGAAGUGUUUUAUUUUGAAAUAUGACUAUACAGUGAAUGGCUAAAAAUACGAAGUAGGAAAGCUUGGGAUUGAUAGGAUUCAACUGCCUGAAAACAGCAGAACGUCGACGUUUCGAGCGAAGGCCCUUCGUCAAUAUAUAAGUUAGAACAGUUUCCGAUACUGUAACGAACUUCUGUUAUUACUUCGUUUAGAAAAUCAGGGAAGUUGAACGCGACUGGAAUAACACAAGAUGUCCAACGUAUAACUCUGACAACUGAAGAAGAAACUGAAAUGGACGUUACUGAAACGUUGCAAUCUGUUGAAUCUCCUGGUAUUAUUUACUUUGUUUAUGAAUGACAGUAUUUCCUGAAAUUCUGAUCUCGAAAGUUUUAAUCUGUGGGAAAUAUUUUGUUGUAGAAGAUCAACCAGAGCAGAACGAAGCUGAAGAACUGUAUCCUCUUUGAUCAAAAAACAAAACAUAAUGUGAACUUUGAAUGUUAUUUUGUUUGUCUAUAUUCCUUGAUUUUGUUUCAGAGAUACUGUGGUUAAGCUUAAGGUAACUUUAUAUAUAAAGUCCGUCACUUCGUAGCAUUAAAAAGUGUUUUUAGUUCCAGGAAGUCACAUGACCUUAUUUCUCCGACGUUGCAGGGUCUUAAUACUGCUGAGAUUGGUCUGGGUGGGUGGAACACAUGGAUAGAUGAGGAGAUAUUAGAACAUGAUGAAGAUGUCAUGGGAUCUGAUGAUGAAAAUGAUAAACAACAACUUGUUACAGGUAUGUGUAUAUGCAGUUGUACCUAGUCUGCGAUAGCAGACUGAUCUCAGAGAGGGGGGGGGCUGAGAUCAGUCUGCUAUCGCAGACUAAGUUAUACCAGAUUGUUUGCAGUUACUUUUGGUGUAAUUUUGUAUCUUUUACUGUACAUGAAACUGUAAUAGGAAGAACUAUAUCUUAUUUAACAAAUGAACGUCGAAUUCAUUUAUUUAAUAUCGACAUUAAUCUGAGCUCUAAAUCUAAAUUAAAUCAAUCCAUAGUUCAUAAUGGCAGAUCUAUACUGAGCAACCCCAAGAGCCCGACUUGGUUGUCGUAGUACAAAACAUUUUCUUUCAUGUUUAGAUGAAAUUGUAUUGUCUGGUGAGAGUAGCGAAGAAGAUGAAAAGAUUAUGUUAACAUCGUCGAAUCUCACAGAUUUCCAAGAAAAGUAAGAUUAUCACUCUGUGGUAAUACAGCUAAUUCAAUUAGCCUUUUUUCACGACCGACAUUUCCGCCCUUUUUUAGGGUAUUGCCUCUCCCACGUUCGAGACUCUCCGCUCCACAAAAUGCGACUUUUUAGUAUUAUAGUUGUUUGUUGUUUGAGGGCAGAUAGUAUCCCCAAAAUGGCGGAUUUGACCUUCGUGAGAAAGACUAAUUAAGGUUGUCGUCUGGAAACUGCAAAACUCACAACCUCUAAGCUAGAUGGACGUGUUAGCACGAUCUAGUUCAGUUGUUAUAUUUUACUAAUUAUAGUUUUUAUGUUGUCUAGAUAGUGUGCUAAUAAAGUGAAUUUAAAUCCCAAGGGAGUAAAGCAUGUCCCGUAAACAACUUUCUUUAACGUUAAGAGCUUUAAAAAUCCCAUGAAUUCUGCCGUGUUUACUACUGAAUUGGGUUAGACGCCUUGUCACUAUUUUAAAUGAUAGAAUGUAGAGUUAUUAAGUAACUUACAGGACUUUCAGAGGGAAUUGAGUAUAGAAUCGAUUUUACUAGUGUAUAAAAACACUUAUCAAUAUUCAUAUAUUUAUCGAAUAUAUUUAAUUGUAGUACGACUUUUCAUUGUAUAAAAAUUAUAUACAUAUAUGACAAUUUUAUUUGUGAAAAUUUAUGAGUAUUUUCUUGCCAAAUAGCAAACGUUUCAAGCAACAAAUCACUAUUCGCUCUAAAAUAUCACAAAUUUCAUGAUCGACACUGUAAUUCAUUCUUACCUUGGUUCUAUUCCCUUGUCUCAACCGUCGAGCUUUCCUUUCAUUUUUCUUGAAAUUUGCAAUUUAAUGACCAGAGUUGUUUCAUCGUCGUAAAUUAAUAAUUCCAGAUGCCCUAACAACUGAUUUUCACUCUUUACACAUGGCCUUGUACUACGCUUGAGUUUGUUUUAUCAUUUUCCAUUUUCACAAAAUGGAAAGUUUCUGCGCGAGACUGAACACAUUGCGCGUCUCUGUCAGUCAGUUAUGAUAAACUACAUUAUGACAUCACAACGUUUUUGUAGCCUUCGCGAGAAAAAGGAAUUGUGGGUAAUUAAUUAAUUCAAUGUCUGUGACGUCAUUUAAUGAAACAAGAAUAAAAACUUGCGUAAACCGUUUUUUCACGGGGGGACUUUCAGUGUACGUGAAACGCAUGUCAUAACCAAAAGGUCGUUUGUUUGAGACAAAAUAUACACAACGAAAUUCGUCAUAGAGCAGAAAUGCUAUAUUGUCUGGAACUCGGCCUGUUUUUUAACCGUGAGUUUUUUAAUCCUUUUUUACUGAAAUUUCACACACAAUUUUAAUUGUUUAAAAGCUUUAGACAAUUUUAAUUGCUUAAAAACUUAAAAGCUUCUUCUAGAGAGUGGUGCGCACUGCAAACUAUCAAAAUACGCAAAUGAUAAACUUUAUAUUCGAAAAAGUGCUGUGCUAAUCCCUAGCUUGGCUGUUUUUACCAAAUCAACGUUUUUUUGUCAACAUAGCGAUAAUAAUUUUGUUUUCUUUUAUUUGAAGAAAAGUCACGAAAGAAACAGCCACAAAAGAUGAUAUGAACGUGUCAAAAAACAAGAAAACAAAAAAGAAAUAACUGUAUCUCAUAAAUGAAAUGAAACAUACAGGGUUGUUGGCAGGGCGUCCUACAUGUUGUUGACGUGCGAACGUUUACAUGAGAAUUUUGUCAACUGUAAAACAAGAGCUGUAUGAAGUUGACAGGAUAUCACCACGCGUAGCAAAAACUCUCAAGGAAGCGCAAAGUUGAUGAGAAUAAGACCGGGGCUAAACAAAGCUAUAAUGUAAUAGUUUCUGGUGGUAUUACUUGUUCUUUUGUUUUCGUAAAAGGAUGGGAAAAUGCAAGUUAUAUAACUGCACAAGCCGAGCAUAACCCGUAACAUUUAUCUGUAGAUGGCAGAUGCCUUGAAAUAAGAUAUUUUUACUUAAAAGAAUGGGGCUAAGCUGUCAUCAUCCCACCAAAUGUGUAUAACAUUGACGUGAUUUGGGACAGCAUUUGAUUUACCCGAUUAACCGCUAGUCAAAUCUGAACUGGGGCGUAGGAAGC